AUGGCGGACCAAAUCUCCGCUGUUCCGCACAUUCACCAACCCUUCCCCACCGCCGAACACUUACAGUUUCUCGAUGAAAUCAACUACGAUGGCGGCGACAAUCCUUCCCUCGACGAUCUCAUAGACGGAAUGCUCGAGGAUUUGAGCGGCGGCAACAUCGCCGCCGGUAAUCAAAGCGCCGAUUCUCCUCAAUUUCAUUCCGCUAACGAAAAUUCGAGCCACGGAACCGCGCAAUUUGCCGGUUUUCCUCCACAGCCGGCCUUUGGAAACCCGGUCCGUAUCCCGGUCUGGCCGGUUCCGCCGGCUCCGUACAAUUGCAGUUGUUGCCAAACGCUCAGAGAUAUUUUCCAUGUCAAUGGGUGUCAAGUGUUCAAGCUUGGAAUUCAUGGAAGAUUAGGCAUCAUAAGCCAUGCUGUGCUUGAGAGAUAUGACAACAAUCAAACACCUCAAAAUCAUGAAUUUUAUAUGUUUGAUUUCUGCAACGAAGGUAUGGAAAAUGUGAAGCAAUUCUUGAUUCAAUACUGCAAUGAACGAGCACUAGAAGGCUGUACAAUGCUGCAAGAUCCUCUCUCCACCUUCUACGACGCGUUGCUCACCGGAAACACCCACGCGGGCCAAGAAAUCCCGGAAGAUGAAGAGGAAGACGCGAAUGGGGUGAAUCCACCUAAGAGCUACAUCGCUUCACAGAGGGAGAGAGCAGGGAAGAUGAAAUUCAAAGAUUUGGCUAAGUAUUUCCAUCUCCCAAUCAAUGAUGCGGCUAAGGAGAUGAAGCUUUGCGCUUCUGCAAUCAAGGGUAUUUGUAGAAAGGAAGGCAUGGAAAGGUGGCCUUAUAGAAAGAUAAAGAGCCUCAAGAACGAGAUAGCGAAGGUGUCGAAGAGCAUCAGCUCGGCUGGUGGGGCCGAGAGAUCGCGCCUCGUAGGGGAGAAGCAGCGCCUCGAAGGAGAGCUUGCCGCCUUCUAUCAAGAGAAGUAGUUGGUGAUAGUUGGAAUAGCUCAGAUGGUUAUUUAUGCAUAAAGAUUAU